UAUUAUUAUUUAUUUUAUUUGUUUAGUAAUUUUAGUAUAUAAAUUCAUUUAUUUGAAUAAAAGCGGAUUAUUCAUCAGAUGUUAAACAAAUUUAUCAUAAUAAAAUCUAAGAAAAAGCGAUGAUCCGAAAAAUAUUCUAAGAAGUACGAUAAAAUGUCACUAGUACAAGGAUUCUCAAUCUUAUAUUCUUUAUUUUACUGAACAUUAUAGAAAAGGCGAUUUUUCCUGAAAGGCCUUCAAUAUGGUGCUGGAUUUAAGCUCACCUGCGCAUACUUUAUGGAAAACUGAUUUAUAUAGAAUCCAGUUGGAGGCUCCAGUACCCAUCCCUAUACUAUGUGACGAUUUAUUGCCAGAUAGACCUUACUUCUUGGGCCAGGACUACCAUGGAGCUAUUUCCCAUAUUCAAGCCGCACAACUGCUAGAUACCAAAGAAAAUGGUGCUUAUUUAGUUAGAACCAGUAGGUCAGCCAAUGGGGAAUUUUAUACUUUAAGUUUAAAGUUUAAUGGGAAAAUUCAUCAUUAUAAGCUCUAUUUUGAUCCUGAUGGGGCUUUGUAUGUGGGAGAAAAAAGAUAUGAUUGUGCUAGGUCUCUAGUUGCAGAUGGUCUAGUUACAAUGUAUAUUGAAUUAAAAGCUCCCACAAUUUUGCAAAAAUUAACGAGUGUCAAUUAUCAAGAGAGUCCUUAUAUGACGCUCACUUUAAAUAAGAGAAAGUUAAGAAUAUUAUCCAAACAAAACCUUGUGAAACAGAAUGCCCUGGGAAACUUAAACGAUGAUAAUGGUAACAAUAAUCCAUAUACUACUACUGACCAAUUAUCUGCCCAAACCCUGAAUGAUAAAGCUGAGAAACCUCAUUUAUUCAAGUUAACCACUUUCAAGGGUCUAAAUUGGUGUGAAUUGUGUGCAAAUUUUUUAUGGGGAUUUACCUUGCAAGGGAAGAAAUGUGAUGACUGUGGAGUAAUUGCACAUAUAAAAUGUUCAGAAAAAUUUGCUAAUGAUUGUAUACCAGACCUAAAAUAUAUGAGAGGUGUCUUUGGCAUUGAACUUACAACACUAUUAUGUGCAUAUAAGGCAAAUCUACCUUUUGUUGUUACAAAAUGUGUGGCAGAAGUUGAAGCUAGAGGUCUUACUACUGAAGGAAUAUACCGCUUAAGUGGGUUUGCAGAUGAAAUUGAUGCUAUUAAAAUGGCAUUUGAUAAAGAUGGAGAAAAAGCUGACUUGUCAAUGGAAAAAUAUCCCAAUAUUAAUGUGAUUACAGGAGCCCUAAAACUCUAUUUACGAAUCUUACCGGUUCCCCUCAUCACUUUUGAGGUUCAUCCAAGACUGAUUGAUGCGAUUCAACACAAUGAUAUGGAUGUUCAAUUAACCUCGAUUAAACAUGCCUUACUGUUAUUACCGAAAUCCCAUUACGAUUCUCUUAGGUUUAUGAUUCAACAUUUACAUAGGGUAGCGCGACAUGCCCCAAUAAACAAAAUGAACGCCCUCAACUUAGCCACCGUCUUUGCUCCGACAUUAAUCCAUCAUCCCCCGAACAUCAUACCGGACGUUAGGAGCGAUAUUCUUCUUUUGGAACUUAUGAUUAAUAAAUGCGAUGGGGUUUUUCUUAAAUCGCAAUCGCCUUGAGAGUAUUGGAAAACUUCUUUAAAUUGCAUACAUGCAAUACUUAUUUAAUAACUGCCGUGACAAUUGCUUGUUUUUAUUGUUCGAAGCAAAAUUCGUUAUGUGUGUUUCAAAAACUUUAGAGUAAGGGAAAGACCCAGGUAUAUGGUGAGAUAUUAAGUUAAACAGAGUUGUUUUGUUAACUAUUUAGGUUGUAGACUGUUUAGGAUCGAGGUUUUGUUGGAAGUGUACGUUCUGAUAAAAAAAAAGAAGUGGUGGCAAGAAUAAGGUAUUUAUCCUCUUAUCUACUCCACUACUGAAGUAGUUUACCUUUCCUACACAUAAUCAAAAACAGUAAGAUAUUUUAAAUUUUUUGAGAUUUUUAAAAAGUUUGGUACAUUGUUCCAAAGUGUAAAUGUGAUUUUACGUUGAUAUUGUGAUUAAUUUGGUUGUUGUGAUAAGUCGUAUUUGGUCAAAAUUAGUU